AUGGCCAGCCGGAUUCGCACGCUCCAAAGCCGCCAAUUGGUCCGAUUCAGUCAUGUCGCAGUCAGCGCAGUCAACGCAAGUCUCCUGCUGCAAUUUAUCUCCCUUUGGCUCCUAAGCGCGUCGAGCGCCGUAUACGGACACAGAAACGAGCGGGUACACGUGGCGCACAAGCGCCUGAGAGGCUCGGCAGCGUUGGGUGAAGCAGCAGCGUUGGGGUGGCAGGUGGACGCUUCCCGCGUCGUGCAGAUCUCCAUCCAGCCCCGCGCGUUCGUGUACCACGGAUUCCUCUCCCAUGCGGAGUGUGAUCACCUCAUCGCACUGUCCCACCCCAAGCUGCUCCGCCCAGGCACGACAGCCAACGGCACCUUCCUCCGGAAAUAUCAGGACGAGCGCGUGAGGGCUAUUGAAGACCGCAUUUCAUCGUGGCUCUUCCUCCCGCGCGAGCCCACGGAGCCUCAGUUAAUGCGGUACAACACGGGCCAGCAGUUUGACGUUCACUACGACUACUUCCAACACAAGGAGGACCGGCAGGUGCUGCACCGCGCGGCAACCCUCAUCCUCUUCCUCUCGGACGUGGAGCGGGGCGGCGAAGUCACUUUCCCCAACGGCAAGCCUGAGCGCGAGCAGGACUUUGGGCCCGUCUCGGACUGCGCCAAGGGCCGCAUUGCAGUAAAAUCACGCAAGGGCAAUGCGCUGCUCUACUUCCACCUUUCCCCCAACGGCUACAACGACCCCACUGCCUACCGGGAGGAUUGCCCUCUCCUUCCUCCCCCCCACCCGUCACCCACUGUGGGGAUGAGCUUGGGGGGGCUCUUUAGGGGGGUGAGUGGCGGCAGUGGGAACGGUGGCAGCGCUGGUGCAGGCAGCAGCACGGACGGCAGCGCUGGCGGUAGCACGGGUGGCGGUGCGGGCGGUAACACGGGCGGCAGGCUGGAAGCAAAGUGGACGGCGGAGAAGUGGGUGCACAUGUUCAAGUACAUGACGCGGCGGAGUCUUUUGGACUGUACUGACGAGCACCCCAACUGCAGCAUGUGGGCGGCGGGCGGGGAGUGUAAGAGGAACCCCGGGUACAUGGUGGGAGAGGGUGGGUACGUCGGGAAUUGCCGCAAAUCUUGCAAAGUUUGUAGUGAAUAA